CCCCUCGCUCCAGACAUUAUCCUAUCCACAAACGAUCUCCUUGUCCCUUCCCUUAUUACUAAUUUUGCUCCCUUCUCAAUCUUCUGGCUGCAAUUAGUUCAUGUCUCAAUCUGAUGGAUUCCUUCCAAAUCUCCCUCUAGAACUAGAACAUGUUUUCUGGAGCUCCUUUUCAACCUCAAAGCAUCAGCCAUUAAAACAAACUCGGUGAUUUUUCCAUUUUUCCUGUUCUUUUCUCUUGGCCAUGAUGUUGGAGAAAGCUUGUUGCUUUGGAACGCCUAUGAUGGUGUGGAGGAGAGGAUGAUUAGCACGCCAGUCCAGCCACCCCAUGUCCUGCUGCCCCCAAAAGAACAAAUCCCAGAAUUCAGUUCCAAGUCCAGUGAACAGGAGUGCUUGUCCUUGCUGAAGAGAUGCAAGAACCUGGAGGAAUUCAAACAGGUCCAUGCCAAGGUACUGAAGUGGGGCUUAUCCUGCAACUCGUUCUGCGCGAGCAAUCUCUUGGCCUCCUGCGCCCUCUCGGAGUGGGGCAGCAUCGAGUACGCUUGCUCGAUUUUCCGGCAGAUUCAGGAUCCGCAGGUGUUCGACUACAACACAAUGAUUAAGGCUCACGUUAAAGCUCUGAACUUUGAGGAUGCUUUGGCCUCCUAUGUUGAGAUGCUCGAGACAGGAGUUGAGCCUGAUAACUUCACCUAUCCUGCUCUACUCAAAGCUUGUGCCCAGUUACGGACACUUGACGAAGGAAUGCAAAUUCAUGGGAAUGUGAUCAAGUUCGGGCUCGAAUGUGAUGUUUAUGUACAGAACAGCUUGAUAAGCUUCUAUGGGAAGUGCAAGAAGAUCGGGUCGGCUUGUUCGGUUUUUGAGCAUAUGGAGGAUAAGAGUGUAGCAUCUUGGAGUGCUAUCAUAGCGGCUCAUGCUAGUUUAGGGCUGUGGAAUGAGUGCUUAAUGCUCUUCGGGCAGAUGAAUCGGCUCGGGUUUUGGAGGGCUGAGGAGAGCAUUCUAGUCAGUGUUCUUUCUGCUUGUACCCAUUUGGGUUUUCUUGAUUCGGGAAGAUCGACACAUGGAGCAUUAUUGAGAAACAUGCCUGAGCUCAAUGUAAUUGUGCAGACAUCCUUAAUUGACAUGUAUGUGAAGUGUGGACGUUUGGAUAAGGGUCUCUCUCUCUUCAGGAACAUGAAAAGAAAGAACCAUAUGUCUUACUCUGUCAUGAUCUCAGGCCUUGCGAUGCAUGGGCGAGGUCGAAAAGCUCUGACUCUCUUCUCGGAGAUGCUCGAGGAAGGGCUUAAGCCUGACGAAGCUGUCUAUGUUGGGGUUUUGAAUGCUUGCAGUCAUGCCGGGCUCUUCAACGAGGGACUAAGUUUCUUUGAGGAGAUGAGAUCUGAGCACGGGAUUGAUCCAACAGUUCGGCAUUACGGGUGUGUGGUCGAUCUCUUGGGUCGGGCUGGAAAGGUUUGUGAGGCCCUAGAGCUUGCCAAAAGCAUGCCCAUCGAGCCAAAUGAAGUCAUAUGGCGGAGCCUCCUGAGUGCUUGCAAGGUCUAUGGAGAGCUGGAAAUCGGGGAGAUUGCAGCUAAUGAGAUAUUCAAGCUUGACCCAGAGAAGCACAAUCUUGGUGAUUACCUGGCACUCUCGCAUUUGUAUGCACAAGCUCAGAGGUGGGACGACGUUGCCAGGGUUUGGUCGGAAAUGGCCAAACGGGGGAUCUCCCAGAAGCCCGGUUUUAGCUCCGUCGAGGUGAACAGAAGGACUCAUAGAUUCGUGUCACAGGAUAUGAACCCAGCCCAAUGUAAAGGAGUUUAUGAGAUGAUUCAUCAGAUGGAGUGGCAACUGAAGUUUGAAGGCUACCUACCUGAUACAUCGCAGGUGUCGAUCAAUGACGAUGAAGAAGAGAAGCGGGAGAGAUUGAAAGGUCACUCUCAGAAACUCGCAAUAGCUUUUGCACUUAUUCAUACAUCUCAGGGUUCUCUCAUUAGGAUCACUAGGAAUGUGAGGAUGUGCAGUGACUGUCACACUUACACUAAGUACAUAACAGUGAUCUAUGGAAGAGAGAUUACUGUACGGGAUCGAAACAGGUUCCACCAUUUUAAAGAUGGGACUUGCUCUUGUGGAGAUUACUGGUGAAUGUAGAAAUUUGCUCCAUUUCUCUGUCUUCUCAUAUGCAAGAUUAUAUAGGUCACACCGUCAUGGGUGAUGAUCUAAUGAUUCUAAAUUCACUCCCAUGUGGUUAGGGGACUGUUUAAAUCUCUCGAGGACAUCUACUAGGGUGGGCUCUUCAGCUUGGGCCUGGAGUCAUCUUCGACUUUUGUGAAUUAUAUUAGGCUUUUGGUGGUGCUACGCAAAUCAGUGUUUGAACUGGUUGUUCAGUUCGUCCGACUUCUCAUUGCGUAACGAGGGGCAACAAUGUUGCCAUCACUGCUA